AUGUUCCAAACAUUGCUUUCACCUCUACGUUCACGCUUUGAUCUGUCCCCGCGUUCGCCUACAUUCCCAGCAAAUGCUACAGAGAACCCAACGUCGCCGCCCAGGACGGCAUACAGCUUAACCUCGCCAGGCAAUGCAUCGUUUGCAUCUUCUGGAGGAUUUGGAACCUUUGGGGCAAGUCUCUCACCAGAACAGGAUAUCACGCCAGAGGAAUUCGCCAGAGAUGUGUUGGUUGAACUCAUGCGCAAUUCAGUGGAAGAGUUGAAGGUGCGCGGAGCAGAAGCUUCGGAGGACGGGUUGCGAGGGCGGAUGGAGACGUUGAGCGAAAUGCUUAGAAUAAUGGAGCAGGAUGCAUGCACCAAGGAUAUUUUCCGAGAGAUGGACGGCUUCCUGGCACUCAUGAGUGUCCUCGCUUCGUUGAGCGUUUCCACAGAGGAUGAACACAAUCUUGUGCCGGUGAGCCCUGUGCAGCUUAUUGAGCCCCUGGACGAGAUCAGAAAGGACUGCAUAACGCGAGUCUUUGUGGUGCUAAGUGAAGCUAUGAAAGAUUCCCCAGAGAACGAAAUAUAUUUUCGGACCAAGGUUGGCUAUGACUCCCUGAAACUGGCUCUCCAAAGUGUCCCGACAAAGGUGGAUGAUGCUGGCCACCUACAUUUACACAUUCUAUCCCUGUUUCUUGCACUUUCCUUGUCAGAUUUUUCGCCUCUUUUGGUCGGAUUUUUUACGGAUUUACAUGAUAAAGACAUCGAGACCGUCGACGAGAAGGUCAAAAAGGUCGUUGGAAUCAUCAGGCACGCUGGGGCGUUGCGUAUUUUGUGGGACCUUGCAGUACCCAGCACAUUGAAUGAUGUCGGACGCUACGGAUUGUAUAAAUUAUUUGAAGGUCUAUUUGGACUCAAUCAUAGGAAUGCAGGCGUUCUAUCAAGCCUAGGCAUAGUGGGAGACGUUUUCAGAAGAUUUCGAACAACCAAGAAGGCCGAGGAUGGUAGAAACAAGGAGAGGCAUGUUCUACAGAAACUUCUGCGGCGCCUGCUGGAAAUGGGUGCUACAACGGCUGAAGCUCGCGGUCUCUUUGCGGCUGCCAUUGUGGACGACAAGCUCGAUCCUGAGAUUUUGGACGUCGCACGAUUUGGGAUGAAGAGUCGCUGGGUCGAGCAUUUCUCCAUGGAAGGUCCAGCGGCAGUCGUCCUAGGAGACUCUGACACUAACAAAUGGAGGACGUUGCCAAAGGAUGGCCUCAGUUUCCUGAUAUGGUUCUUCCCAUCCACAUUACCAACGGCUCCCUAUACGCUAUUCUCUGCUUCAUCUCCAUCUCCGCCGCCUUCAUCCACUUCAUUGCACCGCUUGAAUGCUCCUCCACCGAUUCGUACCCACCUAAAAAUUGCUGCCCGAUUAGAUGGUAAACUAUCUGUCUGGAGCAGUGCAGCACCUGACGACGAAGUCAUCUUUCCUGCGGCCAAACUCAAGAAGGGGCGAUGGACCCACCUUGCCUUCGUAUGGUACCAACGGAAAGGCGGAAAUCCAAACUUGAGAUUGUAUAUUGAUGGCGCAUACGUCGAUGGUCAGAAUCUGACGUACCCUCGAGCAGAGCUGUUCUCCGGAUACGGUUCCAAUUCGGGAAUACGAUACACAAUCGGCGACUUCACUGCUCAGAAGCAAAAUGGUUCAUCGAUGAGCUGGUGCCUUGCUUCGGCGUACCUUCUUGGCUUACCUUUGGCUGAUGAUCUACCUCGUCUGAUCCACCAUCUCGGUCCUCGAUACACCGGUUCUUUCCAGGACCGCGAACUUGUUAAAUUCCUCACAUACGAAGCUUCAACUUCCCUUAACAUGUACCUUAACUCAGCCUCAUCUACUGGUUCCAAUCAAUCGUCUAUUCGAAGUCCUCCAGGAGGAGUCACAGUCAAGGGCAAAGGCUCGCAAAGCCCGAUAGUCAAGGCGCUUCGAGAGGGAAUGUCAUCCAUGGGGCUCAAGGACGAGUCGGUUGUGUUCAUAGUGGCAUCGGAAGAUUUUGAGUGGGGUGUUGAUGGUGAUGGUGAUUCUACUAUCAAGGAUUCCAUUGGCGUUGAUGUUGGGAUGAGAAAUGCGAAGCUGGUGGGGGAUGUCUUUGUAGUGAAGGCCGAAAGCUUGGACGUGGCGUUGUGGAAGAUUGGGGGAGCUGCAGUGGGACUACGGCUCGUUCAACUUGCAUCUACAUCACAUGAACUAUCACGUACUCUGUCGAUCUUGACUGAUGGUCUCAAAAAUAGUUGGCAAAACUCUGAAGAUAUGGAAAGAUUGCGCGGCUAUGAGAUUCUGGGCGAUAUUCUGCGUACUAAAGCGCAAUUAAUCAACCUUACUGCGUUUGAAACUCUAUUCGAAUUUCUCGGUAUCAAUUUCAACUCACCCGAGCAAUCUACCGUUGUCAACCCUCUGGCAUAUCGCGCACUAGCCCUUGACUUUUCUCUCUGGUCGCGCACUCGCCCUGAGAUUCAAAGAGCUCACCUAGACCAAUUUGCUACCCUACUUGAGCUAAGCAGGUACAAAGCCUUCAACUGGAAGCAAAGGUUAAGCAAGAUGAACCUUGUUCGAAAAAUUAUGUUCGCCCUUCAAGCAGAUUGGUAUAGCAAUCCGCCUGAGCCAAACGGACUGACGAGUACACAUGAAGUUGGACACAACAUGCAGGCACAGCUUGUUCAAACGUUAGGAGUAAUAUUGAGGGCUCCUGGUGGAUUUGUGAAAGAAGACAUUAAAGCAGUCGUUGCCUACCUUGCUGCUAAUCUUCAUGAAAACAACAAUGGCGAAGGGUCCCCUCAUUCAGUCAUUUCAAGAUUUGAAUUCAAAUUGCCACCGCGCGAAAAGGCUGAACUCGUCCUUUCCCUCCUUGUGCAAAUAAUUGGGGGACACUCUUACUACAUCAAAUUCACCACAGUUCUGCCAAUGACCCGCAUUCUUCUUCUUCUCUUAGGAGAUCGCCCUUCGCCUUCGGUCGCAGCGCAAAUCCUCAACAUGAUAUCCAUCAGCAUUCGCGUAUCUAGUUCAUUCAGCAGGAAGUUCGAGUUGGUAUCUGGGUGGAGCGUGUUGAAGACAAUUUUACCAAAUGUAUGGGAUCCAACUGUCAAUAAAGCGGCGUUUGACCUACUCUUAGGGAGAAUCGAUACGCGUUCUGCGGAGAAUAGUCAGGCUCCGACACCUACUUCGGCGACGAGGAGAGAGGAGAAGGAACGGACGAAAAGCACAACUGUCUCAUGCACAUAUAUCCUACCCACCAUCAUUGCGGCGUUGCGUUCAGGCCUGAUUGCUGUGGCCAAUAACUGCCACAUAUCUGAUGAAGGCGAAGCAGCAGGAAACUUGUCCUGGUCUACAGAAACAACAAUGGAGAUGCUCAUCGAAGAGCUCCUCACGUUACAUGCAUCCAGUUCUACUUUCCGACACAUUUUCGAGUCGCAGCAAACCACGCAACUGUUCAUCGAUGCAUAUAAGGCCAUGGUCUCGAAACUUUCCAAAGCCACUUACAUCAAUAACUGGAACCUUCGGAUUUUGGAGAAAUUGACUCAUUUUGGGUUAGCACUUGCUCUUGACAACUCUGUUGGUGGUGGACAAAAGCGCGAGAUUCUUGACAACAUACAAUCUGCGGAAGUUAUUGCAAAUCCCAAUGCGGUGACGACUGCGAUUGAUCCUGAUCUUGUUGUGGAUAAUCGGUCUGUUCGACAACGAAUCGCAUCUGCAAGGUUCAGCAUCCAAGUUGGGGAGAGAUCCGUUAUCCGAACGAUCAACCGCAUGACGGAAUGGAGGAAGACGGUGCAAACUUCAGAGAGAAAGAGGAUCAGGAAGACUGUUUUGGAUAUGCGAGAACAUAGGCGUCAGGUAUCAAGGCUAACCGAGUGGACAUACUUGCUCACAUCGGAACGGGGCCUUUGGCCUCAUCACGAGCCAAUCAUGUGGCGAUUGGACGAGACUGAAGGACCUCACCGGAUCAGGAAGAAACUCGAGCCACAGGUCGACAACAGCCCCAGUUCGCGAGUAGAUGCUCUAGAAGAAGUUACGCGAGGAGUCAAUCCGCCUGAGCCUGACACUUCGUCUAUCAUGCAGGUCGAAGUACCGCCAUGGGCAGAAGCCUAUGAAAUUUCUGCCACAGAAAUUGAAGAACGACAAGAUUUAGCGGAAGAGAUCGUCGACGAUAAACUGAGAAGAAUUCGUCACGAGCUUGAGCCUGGAGAUGUGAUCGAAGCUGUUGCCACGGUGGCACGUAUCGAUGGAGUAGAUUCUUCGCCGGGCCUUCUUAUCCUUGGACGCACUCACAUAUACAUGCUCGAUGGCGUUGUUGAAAACGAAGAUGGAGAAGUCAUCGAUGCCCACGAUGCCCCUAAACGCCUCCUCUUUAUCCCUGGAAGCAUUGUUGAACUGGAUGGCCCCCAGCGUGCGCAGCGAUGGGCACAUACGCAAAUCGCAACCUGUAGCGACAAGAAAUUCUUAUUCCGCGAUGUCGCAUUGGAAAUAUACUUCAAAGACAGCCGAUCCCUUCUUAUCGUUUUCCUUGACAAAAAGCGCAGAUCAGAUCUAGAACACCGGCUUUCCACAAUAGUAGGUCGGCCAUACUCUGAAAUUGGUAUGACGCCAGGUCCAGCUCCUCAAACACAACGUACGCCAAUGUUUGGCAAAAUGGGAUCAAGGGUGCUAUCUGGCUUUAGAACGGAUGAGCUUUCAACCGCCACGCGGAAGUGGCAGGCCAGGGAAAUUAGCAAUUUUGCGUAUCUCAGUAUUCUGAAUCAAAUUUCAGGCCGAACUCCCAGUGACGCUACGCAAUACCCUGUUUUCCCUUGGGUCCUCAGCGACUACACCUCUAAAAUUUUGGACCUGAACAAUCCAGAUUCAUAUAGAGACCUAACAAAGCCCAUGGGUGCAUUGACUUCAGUCCGGAGGCAGGCGGCUGAAACGCGAUACAGUAAUUUGGAGAGUGUUGGCGAGGAGCCGUUCCACUAUGGAACUCACUUCAGCUCCUCCAUGAUUGUUUGCCAUUUCAUGAUACGUCUCGCACCCUUUACGAACAUGUUCAAAACACUGCAAGGUGGUGAUUGGGAUUUACCCGAUCGAUUGUUCAGUGAUCUACCCCGAGCUUAUGAGUCCGCUGCUCAUGAUGUACGAGGAGAUGUCAGAGAACUUAUUCCAGAAUUCUUCACUUGUCCGGAAUUCCUGGAAAAUUCUGCCAAUCAUGACUUUGGGGUCCUCCAGCAGACUGGCGAAAGGAUCCAUGAUGUCAAGCUACCUCCAUGGGCACAUCAGGAUCCAUUGUUAUUCAUUACGCUCAACAGAAGGGCUCUUGAAAGUCCUGUUGUUAGUGAACAUCUGCCAGCUUGGAUCGACCUGAUUUGGGGAUGCAAUCAGCGCAAUCCUGAGUCGUUGAACGUUUUUCAUCCGUUGUCGUAUGAAGGCUCUAUAGACCUUGAUGCUAUCAAAGAUGACCUGGAGCGAGAGGCGACUGUUGGUAUCAUUCAUAAUUUUGGACAAACGCCCCGAAAAAUCUUUACAACACCUCACCCUGAACGAUAUCAUCAUGGAUUACAUAGCCUACCCAUUGGUACACUUCACGGAAUUGAAGAAGAUCCACACUUGCUCACCCAGAAUGUUCGAUGUUUCAAAGACCUGGGACCGACGACACCGGUCCGAGAACUUGUUCCAGACAUUCUCAGCGAUAAAAUGAACCCCUGUCCCGAGGGCGUGCUCUGCCUUCCUCAAUUUCCACAGGAACAUGUCGAGUGGCGUCCAAGGUCGGCAGAGCUUCGCAUCGUGGUCGAACAUAGACUCGUGCAAGUGAUAGAGGACGCGUUCUGCAAUUGUGCAGCGUUUGCCGACUCGACAAGUCUUGUUACCGGAUCGAGCGAUUACACUGUGCGACUGUGGAAAGUAAACCGUGGGCCACAUCCUAAUGGCGCUCAGAGCGGUAUGCGAGUCACACUGUCUCACAUUAUGCGCGUGCAUACCGACGAAGUUACCUGCGUUGCUGCCUCAAGAGCGUGGUCCUUGAUCGUCAGCGGGUCCAAAGACGGUAGCGCUGCUUUAUGGGACCUCAAUCGUGGUGUAUACGUACGGUCCAUAUGGCAUGGAGAAGCCGGAGAAACAAAUGCAGUGAAUCUUGUUGCUAUCAACGAAAGCACGGGAUACAUUGCAACGUGCUCGCGCCUCAAACUAUGCCUACAUACAGUCAAUGGACGCCACAUCACAACAUUGGAUUUGACGAAAACAUCGUCUUUCUCCCCAUUAGUACCAACAAUCACAUCCAUGGCAUUCCAUGAACGCGAAUAUUCUCAUCUCGGUGUGCUUGCAACUGGCGGUCCGGAUGGAUCUAUAACACUGCGGACAUGGACGGCCGACGGUACACCUGACGGUGAAAAGGCGCAAUGGGAAUUCUUGACAAUUCGCACGAUGAAAGUGAGGAUGGUUGGCCAUAACCGGCCACCAGCUGUGACGGCGAUUAAGUUCUUGGGGGAAACUUUGUAUCAUGGAGAAGAAACAGGCAAAUCGUACGCCUGGAAUCUACCAGACAGUUAG